AUGGCCGACACACAACCCCCUGAGCAAGCCCCACCCACGGCCCCGGCACAGCCCACAGCCGAUACCUCCGCAAGCCCCGACCCCAACCCCGACCCGAAUCCCAACUCACAACCCAUCCCCUUCGGCUCCGACACCGACUCCGACUCCGACAGCGACGGCGACACCCACCUCACCCUGGCCAACCUCCUCAGAACCAACAAACUCAUGGCCGAAGCCCUCCGCGCCGGCACCCACACCCACACAACCACCCACCAGGACCAACACCAACCCCCACCCCUCACCGACAACAACAACAACGAAAACAUCCCCACAACCCUCUUCUUCUACGGCACCCUCCAAGACCCCACCCUCCUGCAAUCCAUCACCAACCUCCCCGCACCCCUCCCCGCCCUCGAAGACGCCCACAUCCAAGGCGGGUUCGACCUGCGCCUCUGGGGCGGGAAAUACCCCGUGCUCGUCGCCAACCCGGCCUCCGAGGCCGUGAUCAAGGGGAAGGUGUGGCGGGUUGGUGGUGAGGCAGAUGGUUUCGGGGCGGAGGCGUGGGAGCGGUUGAGGCGGUACGAGACAGAGGCGUAUGAUUAUGUCGAGUGUGUUGUGAGGGUUGGGGGUGAGGGUGGUGGUGGUGGUGAUGGUGCUGCUGGGGAGGAGGUCAAGGCGGUGGUGUUUAAGUGGGCGGGGGAUGCGGGGAGUGGGGAGUUGAGUGACGGGGUGUUUGAUUUGGAUGCGUGGAGGGAGGAGAGGUCCAUGGGGGGGCUGUUUGGUUUGGUUGGGGAGUGA